GCGACACCGGUGUAGUCACGUAAACCAGAUGGCGCAGCCGAACGAUAUACCGUAGCAGCAACUAACAGGAACUAUUUUAUAUAGCCUACCGAGACUUCGCCGAGUCGUACAGUUCAUUAGUACACAUCCCACUAAAGGAGAAAACGGAAAAUGUCGCUGGGUAAAGAGAACAACGGGACAUGCGAAAGGUCAAUAUAUGUCAACAAUCCCCAUUUGGAUUACAUGAAAGAUGACAUCCUCUACCAUUUUAACCUUGCAACAUCCUCUCACGACUUACCAGCGAUGUUCGGAGAUGUCAAAUUUGUAUGUGUAGGUGGAAGUCCAUGGAGGAUGAAGUCUUUUACUGAAUACAUUGCCAAAGAAUUGGGUCUUGAAGACCCAAAUGCAGAAUACCCAAAUAUCUGUGCUGGGACUGAUCGCUUUGCGAUGUACAAAAUUGGACCUGUGCUGUCUGUCAGUCAUGGCAUGGGCAUCCCAUCAAUCUCUAUAAUGUUGCAUGAGCUUAUCAAGCUCCUCUACCAUGCACACUGCACUGAAGUCACAGUAGUGCGCAUUGGAACGUCAGGCGGAAUAGGUUUAAAGCCAGGGACAGUGGUUGUUACUAAACAGUCAUUAGAUUCUAUGUUCCAGCCCCGUUUUGAGCAGCAUAUCCUGGGCAAACCUGUGGUCAGGAGCACAGAACUCGAUGGGGAACUUACAGAGGAGCUGCUUCAGUGCAGCAAAGAACUUGCAGAGUUUGAGACUGUCAUUGGUAACACAAUGUGCACACUUGACUUCUACGAAGGUCAAGCUCGGUUGGAUGGGGCCUUCUGCUCGUACACUGAAGAAGAUAAACAGAGCUAUCUUGCUGAAGCCUAUGCUGCUGGAGUUCGUAACAUUGAGAUGGAGUCAUCUGUGUUUGCAGCCAUGUGUAAACUGAGUGAUCUUCGAGCUGCUGUUGUGUGUGUAACACUACUUGACAGGCAGAAAGGAGACCAGCUCACCAGCUCGCAUGAUGUCCUGAAUAACUACCAUCAGCGACCUCAGACCCUGGUUGGACAUUACAUCAAAAAGAAGCUGAAUGCAUUUAAGAAAUGCUAGUUUUGCACUAGCUAGAACAGUAGUACAGUACAGUUUUGUUCAGGGCAAAGCAUAAAGGUGCUCUCAGUAUUUUUUGUGUAUGUUAUAAUUAGUUAUAAGGAAGUUAUAAUUCAGAAUUGCAUACUUCCAUUUUACUCUUCCUAUUUCUGCCAUUUACAGAGAUGGCAGGAAUAGUAAGAGUAGUAUGGUAGUAUAUGAUUCUGAAUUCAGCAUAAAACAUUGUUUAAUAGGGUACUGAUCUGAUAUGUGAGAACAUGCUAAAAAAAAAAAAUUGUCCAAAGAACUAUUUGUCUUAAAAAAAUUUAAAUGUGGGGAAAAAAAAAAUACUGAGUGCACUUUUAAUAAGUAGGGAAAAAACGGCUCAUAUAUGUUGACCGCUUAUAUUAAAAUGACAUAAGUAAACGAAAUACCUUUGAUUUUUUUCUACAGUUUACCACUGUAUUUGCUAACAUGAUAUACUGAAGCAUUAUCUUGCCGUGAAUGUACCGCACUGGCUUAAUUGUUUUGAAAUAGUAAUAGGAACAGUUUGUUCUACACUUUUAAUUAUUUUAUGCCAGAUUUUAUUUACCAUUAUAUACCAUUUUAUUUACCAUUUUAGGGAAACAUAAUUUAGAAAAGUAAGAGGACUGAGCAGUUUUUUUAGCACUUUUUAAGGGGUAUUUUCCAAAUAAUAGUAAACCUCCUGCUUUUGUUGCUGUGUCAUAUAUGUUUGUUACAAACAAGUGUUUGUAAAAUUCUACUAUCAAAAUCACAAAUGUCUUAAAUGAGUAAACACAAACUUUCUCAAGUUUGCAACAUGUUUAACUUUCUAAGUAUUAUUUUAAUUCCAUAACUGAAAGUUUUAUGUUGUAACAUUCAGAGAAAUAAAACACAAAGUUGAUUUAACCAUA